AUGGAUGUUUAUUCGCUUAUAAAUCAUAAUUCCCCUUCUCCACGAAUUCAUCAUUCCUCGACAUCGCAGGAACAAGUUAACUGCAUACCCGAAUUCUCUUCGUUUGAACAUCAAAAGGAAAAUAUUUUACCUUUAAAACAAGGUCGAAGUGGUGCUUCGUUAUCUAGAGUCUUUUCUGGUGAUUCUUACUCUUUCGGAAUUGACCUACAGACUGGUCAUGCUCAAUUCAGAGCUGAGCUUGAGAAUCUAAGUGAGCUUGACGAUCCUUUUGAUGUUUACCAUCGUUACAUAAAAUGGACUAUUGAAAAUUAUCCCCAAGGUCAAACUCCCCAAUCAAAUUUAGUUCAACUUUUGGAACGCGCUUCUUUAAGUUUUGUCAAUGAUUCGCGCUAUAAAAGUGAUCCAAGAUAUUUGAGAUGUUGGUUACAAUAUGCAAAUUUUGUCGGAAAAACAAAACAGCUAUUUGAUUUCUUAAAAAUCAACGAAAUUGGCAUCAAUCUAGCUGCUUACUAUGAAGAAUAUGCUGAACUAUUGGAAAGUAUGGAGAGAUAUAAUGAUGCUGAGGAAAUAUUUAUAUCCGGAAUUAAUCAAAAAGCCCAACCAUUGGAACGUCUUAUCCGUCGAUAUAAACAAUUUAAAGCGCGUUUAAACUCGUCACGUCAGGAAAAUAUACAUGAUUUUGAAGCACCACAAAAUCUUCCUCAAAUUGAAAACCCCCAUCGAACCAUUCUUGGUGUAAAACCUUCUGCUUCAUCCACACAAUCAGUUCCAUUAAAUGUUUUUAAUCAAAGAAAUUCUACUCUUCCAAAUAUCGUUGGUUCAACUACCUAUCAACAUGGUCAUUUUGAUAAUCAUAAUGAGAAAAUUUCUAUAUUUUAUGAUCCAAAUGGAGAAUUAGGGAAUGCUGCAUUGGUUUCUGAAAAUAUUUCUUCAUCUUGGAAUAAUUAUGGAACAGAUAUUGCCAAUAAAAAAGAGAACAUUCGAGAUGCUGAAAAAUGGAAAAGAAUAACGUUACCUCAAGCUCGAAAGCCCAAUGUUCCAACCACUUCAAAAUUGAAGAUUUAUCAUGAUGAACUCCGAAAUGAAAAAACAUUUGUAGACCUUAAUACAAUUUAUGUUGACGGAAACGAAUUUUCCUUUGAAGAACUUCGAGCGAUGGCUUUAAAACAACAUUCAAUAAUUUCCAGCAGUUACAAUAAUAGAAUGUGUGUAGAUAAUUUUGAAAAUAAUGUUAAUGAAUUAAACACUAUGGAUCAAAAAUUGAAAGACGAAUCUAGGUCCAUUUCUCCAAAGAAACUUGCCAAAAAACCUUCUCCAACCAUUAAUACUAAAGCUGCUUUGGCCGAUAUAUUGGAAAUUUUUAGUCAACCAAUGAACUACGAGAAGUCUGACGAUGAUACGGACGAAGACGACAUAACAUAUGUAUCAAAAUAUGAUAAAUUAUUUAUUCGCAAGACUCCUCGGAAUAAUAUUAUAAAUGAUGAAAAUGUUGCACCAUCAAAUUAUUCUGAUAACCAUGGCAACUUUAGAAUGGUUCCGUUUGAACUCUUGACACCGAUACAAGAAACUAGUCGAGAAUAUAGGUCAACCUCUACAUCUUUCUAUCAAUCAGAUGGUUUCAUAACUUUAGAUUUAGGAUCU